CGAGCCUCGAGCCUGCAGUGGAGAGGGGAGGGGGGACCAAAACAACAUCACAUGGUGCGACUGUGGAGUGGAGUGGGUACUGAGCUACUUCAGUAAGCUAACUCUCAGUUUAGCUGUAAAACCAGAGCGGCAGUCUGAAGAAAUGGCAGAGGACAUUCAGUCCAAGCUGGUUUCGCUGCUCAAACAGGAGAAAAUUCAUCUGUGGAAGCCACCUUUCACAAACGCUGACACUAAUGAAGCUGGAACAGAGCAGCUGCAGGAGCUGGCUGUUAAAUAUUCCCAGGAAGUGGGAUUUCCUCUGAAUGAUGUGGCGAAUGCCCUGGAAGAAAUUAGAUCCCAGGCCAUCAAAAGAGGGAGAAGCAACAUUGCCUACAGAGAGACAAAUAUCGCAACUAUUGAACUCUUUUUACCCAAAGAUGUCAAAAAGGGUAGUAAAAAACACCACAUAGAAACAAAGCUGGAUGUCUCCACACAGGAUCUAGUAAAUAAGAUUACAGAGGAGUUUGGCCUGAAAUAUGUGAAGCUGAUUUUGAAUGGAAAGGCUCUGUCACAUGAUUUGCGACUAGAUGAACAAAAUGUAAAGAACAACAGUAAGAUCAUGGUACUGAAGCAGGGAGAACCAGAGCAGAGAAAGGAAAUUGUAGAGGUAGAGGAAAAGAAGCGUAAUGAGGAAGAAAGUUUCCAGAGGACUCAGAAAGGUUUUCAGAUCCUCUCAGAGAGAGAUGGCAGUGAAGAUCCAGCAACCACGCCAUUUUUGGAGAUAGCUGAUCAAAAGGGCAACCCUAUCCAGAUACCACUUGCUGAGAAAAAGGCUCUGAUAUUGGCCAUGGGCUUCCAUGAAAAAGGCAGAGCCGUAAUGAAGAGAAAGGAGUACGACACAGCUCUUAGUUACCUGUUUCUGGCAGAUGAGCAGUUUCGUAAAUGUGGAUCUGAUCUGCUGAACACGGUAGAUAACUAUGCAGUGUUGCAGCUGGACAUUGUAUGGUGCUACCGUGCUCUGAAGGCACUGUCCCACCUGGAUGAUGGCAAGCAGAGGCUGCAAAAAGCUGAGGACUGCUUCCUUAAGUGCUAUGGAGAACAGCAACAGAGACUACGGCAAAUCAAGGGGAACACAGGAGGAGAAGAAGUCCUGUUCCUGAGGCUCUAUCUCCUUCAAUCUCUUCUGGCCUAUCUGGAUAACAGAAAUGACCAAGCUGACAGGAAACUCAAACAGGCUCAAGACCUUUAUAGUCACCUUUGUCUGGAUCCAGAGAAGAUGAACCAGCUGAUGGGUAUGGGCUUUUCUGAGCAGGAUACUCGUCUGGGCCUGAGAGCCUGCAGAGGAGACAUAAAUAAAGCAGCCCUGCACAUCACCCAGAGGAUUCAGGAGCGGGACGAAAUAAAAAAGAAAGAGAAAGAGAAGAGGAGGCAACGUCUUCAAGCCAUCAACACCCUGGUCGAACUAGGCUACAACAAGAAAGCAGCAGCCAAGGCCCUCCAUGCCACUAAUGGAGAUGUGGAUGAAGCUUAUAGGCGUCUACUGGAUUCAAGUGAAGCCAGCAGUUCAGGGACGUCUCAGCCAGACGUAGACAUACAGACCAAAAUGGAUCAAAUGGCAUACCUCGGUUUCCAGAGGGAGGCGGUGGAAACGGCUCUGAGGCUCGUGGAUGGGGAUGUUGUUCAGGCCACUCAGAUUCUGCUAGAUAACACAGGGAUGAUUCCUCCAGAGUUACUGUCUCCCUCACCUCCAUCUUCUUCAUCAGAGGAGCCCAGCACCUCCGACUCUACAGCCUCAGGGUCGAGUAGCGUGGACGCAGACUUGGUGAAUGAAGUGUUGGAAGACAUCCCCAGACAUGAGGAGGAUUACCUAGACGUGACUCUGGAGGAGGAGAGUGAGCUCAUUGGUGUGCUGAAGUCCUAUCUAGAGAAAAAUCCAACUCCCUCCACCUGAGAACUCCUGUCUCUUGGAGUUUGCUGAGGUUAGAUUAGAGUGUAAUGUUAUCAGUAGGGUUGUUAUUGUUUGGAAAAGAUGCCUGAUCCUGGACCAGGACUUGGUUUUGUCCAAGUAAAAGCCAUUUCAAAAGUAUUUGCAUUCAAUACCGAUUUAAAUUUUGAUGGUGAUCUUUCUUUAAUUGCUAAAGGUUUGGAUAGAGGAAAAAAUAAGGACUAUUUUGUUAAAAGAAAUACUUAACUAUAAUUUCAAUUAAUAUACAUUAAUAAGACUAAGUAAUUUACUCUCUGGAGUAAAAUGUAAUUUUUCUGUUUAGUAAUUUUUUAAUUUUUCUGUUUAAAGUAUUGCUCUUUAAAAGAUUAAUACUAAAAGUGAUUCUUGAACCUUUUUCAUCCUAUUAUUAUUCCAAAGUAUCAUAAGGAGUUGAGUUAUACUUUCAGUUUCUUUAAAAAAAAAAAGCUGUCUUAAACGUGCAAUUAAUGACGAGCUCCAAACUUUCAAUGGAUAUAUUUUCUGUUCAUUUAAAAUAAAUCUAAAUAUUCAGCAACAGAAAUUAUUUAGCUGAAAAUGGAAAAAUGAAAAAAAAAAAAAAACACUAUACGUGUUCACGACUCUGUUAUUACUGUUUAUUGUUGGAUUUUGAAAUAAAGAGGACAGAAAUCA